AUGUAUGAAGAAGAUGAGCCAAUGAUUGGUCCAACUACCGACGAACUUCGGCUGCCAGCAAAUGUGGAACCGAUAUGGUACAAUUUAACAUUGAAAACAUAUUUACCCGGAGUGUCUGCGAUCGCUGAUGAGAAAAACCUCACUACCGAUGGAAACAUCAUGAUUAAGUUGAAUGUGCGAAGUAAUACUGUAACGAUCACAUUAAAUGCUAAGAAUCUCACAUUCCCAACCGAUGCAUCAAAAGUGAGAAUUUUGACGGAAAACUUCACACCAGAAGAAGAAAGCCCAGAAGAAUUGAUAAACAUCACAGUUGCAAAAACAGUUAUUGUUCCGGCAAUUGUAAAGCCUAAGCUGCCAGAAUUACAACCUCAUGGAGUCAUUGUAAACGACAUUCUGUAUAACGCCACCUUGGAAAAAGUGGUGCUUGUUUUGGAUAAACCCUUGGAAAGUGGAGAACAGGUGAUCGUACAG